CUGCUCGUCUUACCUCCUCGGAAGUUGAAACAAUUACAGAAACAGAACACAUUGGUCUCCUCUCUCCUUUCUCUUUGGUCGUUUUUUACUUACAGGUGAAGACACUCGAAUCUGAAGCUUCUCUCUUCUCUCUAAAUCUGAGUUUCUGGUUUGUCUCUGAUCAAAAAGUCUCUCAUCGGUUCAUUGAAAAUCUAUCCGAUCAUGGAUUGUUGUUAUACGGGAAUGAAGUUUGAAGAGCUUCUUGUACCUAAUUAUCAAGAGUCGUCGUCUAAUGGUAUGUGGGGUGGGUGGAGCAUGAACUCCCCUGAAGCUGCAGAGAAGUGUUUCGAUUACGAUGGUGAAGGAUCGUUGUAUAGUCAGAUGGGUAUGAGGACGAGUGGGGCUUCUACACUUGAUGAUUUCGAAGGAAUCGAACAUAUGGAUGAUAUUUUCUUAAGUUCAAUUUUGGAGGAUGUUCCAGGGGAUGAUGGAGAUGUACAACGUGCGCUCAAUAGCAAUAACUGUGUUGGGUCUUCUUCCUCUAUGUACGGUGGCAGGGAUGUUCACAUGUUCCAUUGUCAUGACAUGCCUCUAAAGGAGGAAGCUCCAUUUACAAUCUCGGACCUGUCUACUGAAGAGAACAUGUUUGAUUCACAGUAUGGUGAUGAACUGUCUUCUGAAGAACUCGUGUUACAGGAUCUGCAGAGAGCUUCUGAAAAGUUAACUGAUGAGACAAGAAAGUGUUUCCGGGAUACGUUUUACCGGCUGGCAAGAAACUCACAAGAGAAGUUUGAUUCAGUCAACACUAACUCAGAAGAGUUCUAUAUGCAAGCAUCCAGAUAUGGUUAUGGUGGUGAUAAUACCAGUUAUUUGAUUGCAGGAUGAGUAGAGAAGAAGAAGAGAUUGAAUCUGAAACAAACUCAAUCGAUAGAGCCAUCGCAAACCUCACAUUCAACAAGAUGGAAUCCAACAUAAGCAACUUUCCUCUAUCAGAAAGAGUACAGUAAGCUUAUGUUUGCUGGAUCAUCAAAGAUCAACCGUUCUCGUCUCUUCAGCUCUCCUCCUAUAUUGGAAUCUUGUGUUUCCUCAUGUGUAUAUAUAUAUGUGUGUGUAUAUUGCAAACAGUCAGUUUUGAUAAGGAUCUGGUUCUUUUUAACUUUCCUGCAGUAAGUUUCUUUGGUUUUA